AGCUAUUAUGACUUAAAGGUCUCUCUGUGAAGUAAUAAAGGAAGGAAGUCCAUACCAUUUAGACUACUCUGUCUGUGAGGUGGUUGGAGCUUCUUGUGGAUUUUAAGUUGCAUCAAUGGCCUUCUUCUUAGUUUUUCUUGCUUCCUUUUUUGGCCUAUGCAUCUUUUGUGCUGCUUUAUUAAGAUGGAACCAAGUCCAGUAUAACAACAAAAACUUGCCCCCUGGUACUAUGGGUUGGCCACUUUUUGGUGAAACUACUGAGUUUCUUAAACUUGGCCCAAGUUUCAUGAAAAGCCAAAGAGCCAGAUUUGGGAGUUUUUUCAAAUCACACAUACUUGGUUGUCCAACAAUAGUUUCAAUGGAUCCAGAGUUGAAUAGAUAUAUAUUGGUGAAUGAAGCAAAAGGACUGGUCCCAGGAUACCCACAAUCUAUGCUAGACAUUUUAGGAAAAUGUAAUAUUGCAGCUGUCAAUGGUUCAGCUCACAAGUACAUGAGGGGUGCAUUGUUAUCUCUAAUUAGCCCUACAAUGAUCAGAGAUCAACUUUUGCCCAAAAUUGAUGAGUUCAUGAGAUCCCACUUGACCAAUUGGGAUAACAAAGUCAUUGACAUUCAAGAAAAAACCAAUAAGAUGGCAUUUCUAUCAUCAUUGAAACAAAUUGCUGGGAUUGAAUCUAGCUCUUUAGCUCAAGAAUUCAUGCCCGAAUUCUUCAAGUUAGUACUAGGCACACUUUCACUACCUAUCAACCUUCCCAACACCAACUACCAUCGCGGAUUUCAGGCAAGGAAAAUAAUUGUGAACCUACUAAGAACACUCAUAGAAGAAAGAAGAGCUUCAAAGCAAAUUCAACACGAUAUGCUUGGUUACCUGAUGAAUGAAGAAGCAAAUAGAUUCAAAUUAACAGAUGAUGAGAUGAUUGAUUUAAUCAUAACUAUUUUGUACUCUGGAUAUGAAACUGUUUCCACUACUUCUAUGAUGGCUGUCAAAUAUCUUCAUGAUCAUCCAAAAGUUCUUGAAGAACUUAGAAAAGAACACAUGGCAAUUAGAGAAAAGAAAAAACCUGAGGAUCCUAUCGAUUACAAUGAUUACAAGUCAAUGCGGUUCACACGAGCUGUGAUUUUAGAGACCUCCAGGUUAGCAACAAUAGUAAAUGGGGUUCUGAGAAAAACAACUCAAGAUAUGGAAAUAAAUGGAUACAUCAUUCCUAAAGGAUGGAGAAUAUACGUAUACACGAGGGAGUUGAAUUACGAUCCAAGGCUUUAUCCUGAUCCAUAUACAUUCAAUCCUUGGAGAUGGAUGGAUAAGAGCCUGGAACACCAAAAUUCAUUCUUGGUAUUUGGAGGUGGUACUAGACAAUGUCCUGGAAAGGAACUUGGUGUAGCAGAAAUUUCUACAUUUCUUCAUUACUUCGUAACAAAAUACAGAUGGGAAGAAGUAGGAGGAGAUAAACUGAUGAAGUUUCCAAGAGUUGAAGCACCAAAUGGUCUACGGAUUAGAGUUUCAACUAACUAACUAUCAAAUCAUGAAUGUACAGAGAAAAAAAGUUCAAAAAAAAGAGAGAUUUGUAGGAUGCAAAGCUAAGAGUAACAUGGGAUGUACAACUUAAUAUUCCCACUAACAUAAUGACGAAUUAAACACAAUUUUUUUUGUAGAGGUGAUCAAUCUUGUACACUGUCAAUUACUUCUAC